AUGGGAGGUAAAAAUUCAACAAUUUUGAAAGAAGAUAUGGAAGAUUAUAUUGAUCUGUCAUACUUAAAUAUGGGAGAAAUUAAAAUGAUUGAAAAGAUAUUUUAUGCAAUGGCAGAUGGGCAUAAAGUAAGUUUACAGCACAGGUUUCCUGCUUCUUUGAUAAAAGAUACAUUCCCUCAAAUACAGGCAAAUCCUUUUGCAGAUCGCAUAAUAGAAGUAUUUUCUUCUCAAAAUGACAACCAUUUGUCUUUUGAGGAUUUGCUGGACAUGUUUUCAGUACUCUCAGAAAACUGCCCUGACAGAGUGAAAGCACUGUGGAUCUUUAAAAUAUAUGACUUUGAUGGUGACACUUUCCUCAAGAAAUCAGAUCUUAUCAAUGUCAUAAGAAGAUUAACAGGUAUCAACACUCUGGAAUUCAGAGAUUUGGAAACCGUAGCAAAUAAUGUUUUGAAGGAAGCAGACAUUUCUCAAAGUGGGGCACUUUCACCUAUGGAUUUUGUCCAUUUAGCACUGAAAUUGCCUGAAUUCUCCAGCUGCUUUACAGUUAGACUCUGA